AUGAAUCGUCACCCGCCAUCCAGCUUCGGGGAUGAGCCCCCGUCGUAUGACCAGGAGACAGCUUCGUUCUUAUCCGAGGUCGAAUCCCCAUCGCGCCAGAAUGGCCCAACAAUGCGCCUGCUGCCUACAAGUGGUGAGGAAUACGGUGACUUGAGCGAAAGUCCAAGGGCCACCUCACAGUUCCAAUAUCAACAAGGUUACAGCCAAGUCUAUGAUCAAGAGUAUGACACAACUCCAACCGGACACACACAAGACUACAACGAUGGUCGAUUCUACCAAGUUCCAAGCGCAAGCUCGCCUUCGCGUCCAGCAUCAAGCUUGUCUGGUAUCCCCAAUAUCCCCGCACCCACUGCCAGUCUAGCCGACCCUUCAGUCUACCCAUCAAUUCCCCCACGCACAGGAUCUCCCAUCCGGCCUUGGAGUCCUGGCCACGUUCGACCUCCUUCUGUAUCAAGUGCCGGAUAUGAACGUGUCGAUAUCAACGGUAGCCCUCGACCCGGUACUCCGAGCUCACGCUAUGGAGGUAGCCCCCGACGACCACUGCCUCCAGCUCCAUUAUUCUCUGGGCCUAGCGCGUCGAUGGGUGGAGACACGAGCAUCGAUAUUGGUGACAGCAUGGGUGAGGAUCCCUUUGACGAUCCUUUCGGCGCCCGUGGUCAGACUAUCAACCACAAUUCGCGCGGCAGUGUACGAUCUUUCCUGAGUGAAUCGACUGUUAUGGGCGACGAAAAGGAUGCGAUGUCCAAGGUGGAUCUUGAUGAAUAUGAUGAUGGGGAAAUUGAUCCGAAUAUGCACUAUGGUCCCGCGCCCGAGAAGCAGGCCCGUCGAGGUGUCCGCGAUGCUCAGAUGGCCAAGAAAGAAGUUCAGUUGAUCAACGGUGAACUUAUUUUGGAAUGCAAGAUCCCCACUAUUCUGCAUAGUUUCUUGCCUCGCCGCGAUGAACGCGAGUUUACUCAUAUGCGAUACACGGCCGUUACCUCCGACCCCGAUGACUUUACGAGCCGCGGUUACAAGCUCCGACAGCAGAUUGGUACCACUGCGCGUGAAACUGAGCUGUUCAUUUGUAUUACCAUGUACAACGAGGACGAGAUCGGCUUCACUCGAACCAUGCACGGUGUCAUGCGCAACAUCAGCCACUUGUGCUCACGUACCAAGUCUCGCACCUGGGGUAAAGACGGGUGGAAGAAGAUUGUUGUCUGCAUUAUUUCUGACGGUCGGAAGAAGGUCCACCCUCGCACUCUCAAUGCUCUGGCUGCCCUCGGUGUUUAUCAAGAGGGCAUUGCAAAGAACAUUGUGAACCAGAAGGAGGUCCAGGCCCAUGUCUACGAGUACACCACUCAGGUAUCCCUGGACUCUGACUUGAAGUUCAAGGGAGCUGAGAAGGGCAUCGUUCCCUGCCAGGUCAUUUUCUGUCUGAAGGAGCACAAUCAGAAGAAGCUGAACUCUCACCGUUGGUUCUUCAACGCUUUUGGUCGGGCCCUCCAGCCAAACAUUUGUGUUCUUCUUGAUGUUGGAACCAAGCCAGAUCCCACCGCUUGUUACCACUUGUGGAAGGCCUUUGACCAGGACUCCAACGUCGCGGGUGCUGCGGGAGAGAUCAAGGCUGGUAAGGGUAAAGGCAUGCGUGGCUUGCUUAACCCCCUUGUGGCCAGUCAGAACUUUGAGUACAAGAUGUCCAACAUUUUGGAUAAGCCUCUGGAGUCUGUCUUUGGUUACAUUACUGUGCUGCCUGGUGCACUCAGUGCCUACCGAUUCUUCGCUUUGCAGAACGAUGCCGACGGCAACGGUCCUCUGAACCAGUACUUCAAGGGUGAAACUCUCCACGGUCAAGAUGCUGACGUCUUCACUGCCAACAUGUACCUUGCCGAGGAUCGUAUUCUCUGCUGGGAGUUAGUGGCGAAACGUGAAGAGAAGUGGGUCUUGAAGUUCGUCAAGAGUGCUGUUGGUGAGACUGAUGUCCCGGAUUCAAUUCCCGAGUUCAUCUCUCAACGUCGUCGUUGGCUGAACGGUGCUUUCUUCGCGGCUGUGUACUCCAACUUUAAUGCCAAGCAGAUCUGGAAGACCGAUCACAGUAUUGGUCGCAAGAUCUUGCUUCACAUUGAGUUUGUGUACCAAUUCUUUAACCUUCUUUUCACCUACUUUGGUUUGGCAAAUUUCUAUCUGGCUUUCUACUUCAUUGCUGGCUCUUUGACUGACGAGAAGCUCGAUCCCUUUGGCCAUAACAUGGGCAAGUACAUUUUCUAUGUACUUAAAUAUGCUUGCGUCUUGGUCAUGUGUCUGCAGUUCAUCAUUUCUCUGGGCAAUCGUCCUCAAGGUGCCAAGAACCUCUAUCUGAGUAGUAUUAUCGUUUACGCUAUCAUCAUGGCCUACACUAUUUUCUGCACGCUGUACCUCUUGGUCCUGGAGUUGAUGGCGCGGGCAGGAGAUGGAAAUUCCGAUCUCACAGUUAGCAGUACCCUGCUGAUGGAAAUCGUCAUCUCCAUGUUGUCGACCGUUGGUCUGUACUUCUACAUCUCCAUCCUCUACCUUGACCCGUGGCACAUGAUCACCUCUUCACUUCAAUACUUCCUGUUGAUGCCAAGUUACAUCUGCACACUGCAGGUCUAUGCCUUUUGCAACACUCACGAUGUGACAUGGGGUACAAAGGGUGACAACGUCAUGAACACCGAUCUCGGUGCUGCAAAGACCAUCGACGGCAAGACCGUCUUACUGGACAUGCCAUCUGAGCAACUGGAUAUUGACAGUGGCUAUGAUGCUGCGCUCCGCAACCUCCGUGAUCGUCUCGAGGUUCCUGAGCCCCCACUGAGCGAAGCCCAAAUGCAAGAGGAUUACUACCGUGCCGUACGUACCUACAUGGUAUCAGUUUGGAUGGUAGCGAACCUGGUCCUCACCAUGGUUGUCUCAGAAGUCUACGGUGUCGACGCUGGCGGCACAAACAUCUACCUCUCGAUCAUUCUAUGGUCCGUCGCCGGUCUCGCCUUGAUCCGUGUUGUCGGCUCAACUACCUACGCCCUGCUGCAUCUCAUCCACAAGAUAGUCGAAACAAAAACCAAAUUCGACGCUGGAAACCUCACAAACUUCGCUCCGAGCGUUUUCGGUGGUAGUAACGUCAGCUCAGAGCGCAGUUCCCAGAAGCCUGUUAACUAUAGUGGCAAACCAAGCUUCAAGGAUCGUUUGAAUGAAGCUAGAUGGGCCGCUGGUCGGGCAGCUGGUAAAGCGAUGUUCUGGCGCAAGUAG